GUGAUUUUUGUCCGAGUGUACAUUGCCUCACAGACCGCACAGCGGGGCCUACCUACCCCCCAGCCUAAACCAAAAACAUAUUAAACAUUUGUGAAAGUUUUGGAAGUUCGACUGUAGCGAAAAUGAAGACGUUUUCAGCUGUUUUAUUAUGUAUGGGCACACUCUCCCUGGCGGCCGCAGCUCCAGCGAACCGCGACAGCUCCCCCAUCGAGUAUGAGUACGACUACGACCACGCGGCACAGCAGUCACAGCCAGCCCAGCAGGCCCAGGAGCCCCAGGAGUCCGCCAGCCACUACGACGCCUACAUCCGCGACGUUAAAGCUGCAGCCAGCGGCGGCAAUGGCGGCAAGAAGGGCUUCAGUCAGGGCAGUGGUCUCAGGACCAUCGCCGUAGGCUCCGCCAACCAAGCUAAGACUGCUCUCGGAAACCAAGCUGCCGCUGGUUACCAAGCUGCCUACGUGGCCAAGAACACUCUCGCCCAGUCCGCUGCCCAAGCCAGUGCCACGGCCCAGGCUGCCCUCGCCGGCAAACAGGUCCUCCUCUCAGGUUUAGAACAGCAAGUCAGAGAUGCCAAGGUCGGACUCCAGGGUGAAGAGAUGCAGCUGCAACAAGCUAAGAGAGCCGCCCAGGCCGCCGCCAACGCCGCCCAGCAAGCUAUGCACCAGGUGAACGUAAUCCAAGCUGCCUUGAACGCUGCCCAAGCUACAUCAGAGAACGCCAACGAAGCAGCCUCUCAGGCUGCCGGUGAACUCGGUGCCCAGACCGCCAUGGUGGGAGCUGCCAGACAGAGGCUGCAUGCUCUCCAGGAGCAGCUUCAUGGAGUCAGGAUCGACUUCGAGGCCACACAGGCGGCGGCGAGAAAGGCUCAGGCGGCAGCUCAACAGGCUCAGGCUAACGCUGCUGCAGCUGCAGCGAAGGCAGCAGCGGCUGGACUUGGAGGCCAGCACAAGGACUCGUCUCACGAAGAGUGGGCCAGCUCGGACCAGGAUCCCAUUCAAGUGACCAGCGAACAACCCUUGCACCUCCACGAAGAACCACUGCUCACCACAGCCCCAGAAUCAAUUCACGCUCCCAUUGACAGCAAUGCAUUAAUAACAAAAGCAAUCACAUCACUUCAAAAAACACUGCAUUCGAAACCAAACCAGAUCGACCUCGAUACACCCAUCGAUUUCCAGUUCCAGCCGUUCCAAUCCGCUUUCAACCAGUUUAGAUUCAAACCUUUGCCGGCUAAGUCGCAAAAAUUAGCCACAAACCCAUUUCUGUCAUAUGCUAAACAGGUUAAAGUAGCCCCUAAGCCUACUAAAUUAGUACCUAAGCCUGCCAAUUUAGUUGCUAAGCCAACUAAGGUAGUAGUCGCUAAGAACGUUGGGAAGAUAUUCCCCGAUGCUUAUAUUAAUUUAGAUAGCUUUUUCAAGGAUAACAAAUUAUCAAGUCAAAGUAAUUACGCGAAGCAAUUCGGAUUUUAUAAAUGGAAGUAGGAGAAGUGACAAGAGCGCCAGCGAAAGAAGAGCUGCAGGCGGCCGCGCCGGAGGAGGAGGAGGAGGAAGAGGGCGACGCCGAACAAGAAGAGGAGGAAGAAGAGGAUUGCGAAGAAGAGAAGAAGAAAAAGUAGAUUAUGCCAAAUAGUUAAAUGCCAUUUAUUAGUGCGAGUGCGAUGUCUGCAUAGCUGUUAAUUUUUUGUUACUUAAUUUUAAGGAUGUUGUAGUAAUAAAAUAAAUUAAGUAAAUCAUU